AUGUAUUUAGGUGUUUACCCUGUUAGGCCACCAGUACCUGCAAUUGGAGGAUAUGAGGGGGUUGGGGAAGUGUAUUCACUUGGAUCUGGAGUGAGUAAUCUCUCAGUGGGUGAUUGGGUCAUACCAUCUCCUCCAUCCUUUGGGACAUGGCAGACUUAUAUUGUGAAAGAAGAGAAUGUUUGGCACAAACUAGAUAAAGGUGUUCCUAUGGAGUAUGCUGCUACUGUUACUGUAAAUCCUUUGUAUGCUAUGCGUAUGCUGGAAGAUUUCGUUGGGCUAAAUCCUGGUGAUACUAUUGUGCAAAAUGGUGCGACUAGUAUUGUGGGACAAAGCAUUAUUCAGCUCGCUAAAAACCAGGGCAUUCAUAGUGUGAAUAUUUUGAGGGACAGAGCUGGAUCAGAGGAAGUUAAAGAAAAACUUAAGAAUCUUGGGGCAGAUAAGGUAUACACCGAAAGCCAGUUAGAAGUGAAGAACCUUAAGAAUCUCCCGGAUGAUUUGCCAGAACCUACGUUUGGAUUCAAUUGCGUUGGGGGGAAUGCUGCGCCACUGGUUCUGAAGUUCUUGAGAGAUGGAGGCACUAUGGUAACUUAUGGAGGAAUGUCAAAGAAACCUGUCACUGUUUCUACUUCAUUGUUCAUUUUUAAGGAUCUUUCUCUGCGGGGAUUCUGGUUGCAGAAUUGA